AUGACGGUGGAUCAUUUUACCGAUAGAGAAUUUCAGGAAGUAGCAUUGAAUGUGAAUCAGAACAACUCAACACAUCGCCAGAGACAGUUCAGUGUGACGGAGUCCGAAGGGACAUUGUGUACUUUGUAUGUGAGCCGUACGCCAGCGUUCAAGAAGAUGGAAAACAACACAACUUUGAAUUAUUCGCUGUUAGGGAAUGACUCAGGGGAAUCAUUUACAGAUCUAGGAGAGCCGGUAAAAUGGGGAUUUUGGCUGAAGACUGUUUUAACUCCGUUAAUUGUGACUGCAGGAAUUAUUGGCAACAUACUUUCUCUGGUCGUCAUGAAAUCAAAAGCGUUGCGUCAUAAAUCUUACUCGCAGUAUUUAAGUGCCCUCGCCGUCUUUGAUACUUUAACGCUGAUUAUCCGACAAAUACGAUCGGUUGAUGAAUAUUUCCAAACUAACUCUUCAUCAGGAGUAAUUUUUCACAACUUCGAUGAUUUCGGCUGCAAGAUAUUCAAUUUCACGGAACACAUUUGCUAUCUUAUGUCAUCAUGGCUUAUAGUGUUAAUGGCUUUGGAACGACUCAUUGCCGUCUGCAUGCCAUUCAAAAAGUUCCUAAUAAGGCGAAGAUCAGGGGCAACACUGGCUAUUAUCUCGUUAUUUGUUGCCAUAUGCCUUAGUCAGGCAUUUCGCCUCGUUAUGGUCGAACAACUUGAGUCCAGAAACUGUGGAGCAAGUGACAGUUUUAUCGAGCUGUACUCAAAUCUUCACAUCUACUUUUACCAUAUGACCCUGACGUUUAUUCUACCGGUGACAUUCGUUCUGGUUUGCAACGGACUCGUUCUCUACCAAAUAUUCAAAAUACGACACGAGAUCAACUCGCGAGCUGAACAAAAGAAUCGGCACCACCGUGCUAUGCGGAAAACACACCGAACAACAUGUAUGCUUCUUACAGUUUCGUUUACUUAUCUCGGGACGCUGUUACCUUUACUGACGUUGUCGUUGGUUCUGGACAUGAUUGUGAAAGCAAGGGGUCGGGAUGCAUAUUCAUUCUAUGUUGCGGUGACACCAUACCUUGACAUUGCUAUUGUGAUUUCCCUUCUUAACUACGCUGCAAAUUUCUUCAUUUACAUUUUGUCUGGAAAGAACUUCAGAUAUGAGUUAAGAAAAUGUUUUCACAGACAAAGAACCUCUAUUAGAAGCUUUACCGCAAGAAGCACGAAGGAAACUAAGGAAGAAGUGAUUCGUCUAUAA